ACUCUCUCCACUUCCACCUUUUGUUCCGUUUCUCUAAAUGAUGCUGCUGUUGGGAAAGUAGCCUCAACUAUUGAAGAACAGUUUCCUAAGGAUGAUGAAUUUAGAGUUUCAAAAUCUAAGCCCUCUCCAAGCAAUAGCAUUCCUUUGCCUCUUGCAUUUCAGACUCCUUCCAUGCCUUCUAAAGGGAACCCUUCUCAAAUAGUGAAAGAUUUAAGUUCCCCUUCUCUUGUCAGACGGGAGCUUGAGGAACUGGUCUCCAAGAAGCAUUUGGAUUCCAAGAACUUGUCUUUGUUGACUGACUUUCUUGUUAAGCAUCCUUCAGUUCUUUUAAGGGACACUUCACUUAGUAACCGAUACAAGGGUUAUGCAUACAAUUGCCUAGCUGAGCUAUUGAAAUUCCUCCUAACCAAUAGCGUGUUGGAUGUGUUAGGCUCAAGCCAAAAUGAAUUUGUUCAGUUAUUACAAGAUGUGCGCAGAUGUGCUUUUGAUAAGGAUUGGUUGGAUGGUGUCGAAAAGCGUGCUUUGACCUCAUCUGAAGCUGUUUUGGAGAGUAUCAUUCAAAAGGAGGCAGAAAUUUUAGAAACUAAGGCUGCUUUAAGUGCCCCUCUUGGCUAUUAGAAUAUUUUUCCUUUCAUUCUCUUUCGUUCUGUAUGCUGAGGAAAAUAUUGAUUGCUUUUACCGAAUUGAUGAAUUGAGUGGAUCAAUCAUGCUUGGUAAUGUGUGGCCUCUAAAGCUCAUAUAACCUUUCAUGAUAUUUGAUGUGUGGUGUGAAACUUGUUAGAAUUAGCCAUAACGAACACUUCAGAACAUGCUUACCUGUUUUCAUGAAUAUAUGAUGUUGUUUGUGUGAAAAACAUAUUGACAAUAAUUUCUUUCUUUAA